AUGAUUAUCCCUCCCGACCCGGAAAAGGAUCCAAACGUCUUCAACAGGACAGAAUCCUCCUCAUCUCUCGUCCUGGAGGGACUCGUCGAUGAGGAUGACGACCAUUCCAACGCACCUACCGUACCUCAACGGCCUCAAAUUCCUGCCCGCGCCCGUACAUCCAAUCAUGCGUUUGGAUAUCCUUUCGGGGACGAUCUAGGCUUAGGAUAUUCUGGAGAAGCAUUGCCACCAUAUGAGAGACAGCGGAUGGAAGGAUUAUCUUCUGCCUCAUCUUCAAACGAUGAUGUCUUUGCGGAUCCGGGUAGUCCAUCCUCUCCACCAUUGAUGAGAGAACGUACCCACAUCAGACCGUCUCUCAUCAUCCCUGGUGCUUCUUCAUCCACCUUCAUCCAACCAUCUCCCUUGACGCCUCUUGAUGAAGAUUUGAUGACUGCUUCCACCUCCACCGCUCGUCUUCCUCUCACCGCUCCGUCAUCUUCAUCAUCCCGCAUCGAUCCCAAAUUAUGGGAAGGAUCACAACCCAGCGCCGUCGAUCGACACAAGACGAAACAGUGGAAACGAUGGUGGAAGAAAUGGAAAAAAUGGAUAUAUGUUGCCGCAGCUUUCCUCAUAGCUGGUAUCGGCGUCGCGGUCGGUCUACUCGUAGGACUCAAGGCGGCUAGAAAGACUGCACCCAUCCCCACGAGAUCUCCGUGGCAGGAAAAUGACGGAAGUUCAGCUUGGGUCACGUCUGGCGAGUCCUUAAAUAUCACCUAUGUCCCAAGUCGUGAUGGUCCUGGGCCCUUAGACGGAACACUACUUCUCUGCCCCACUCCUACCCCUUUCAACGAAUCUUCGCCGCUCAACCUCCUGUCCCAACCGUUUCCCGCUCAGAUCCAACGAAACAUUACAUUCACAUUCCCCUUGACGAAAACCAAUGGAACAGACGUUCUCACCCUGCCAGACUUUACAUUCAUCGCGCGAGGACUUGGGUCGAGCGGGACGGUGGAAAUCGUUGGCAACGAUGCACCGGCGAGCGUCAUCGCUGGCGGCCUGGAGGGCAAUAUUACUGUUGAUGUCAUUGCUCAAUACAGCGGCUUCCAGGACCUAGACUCGAUCAUCAAGGUGUGCACUCUCCAACGGCCAGAUGGGCUAGGAGUGGGCAUAUUCACGCCUUCCCAAACCGACGGCAAGGUAUCCAACGCUUACAUGCUCAACCCAAUGCUUUUACCUUCCUUUCACGUCGUCAUUCGUCUGCCGCCAUCGGCUCUACAAGCAUGGAGCCAGGCUCCUCUAGUCUACUCGCCCAGUGUCAGCUUCGAACUUGAUCGCAUGGCUGUCAGACUCGGCAACCUCAGCAACGUUGCCGAAUUUGGAUCUAUCAACGUCAAUUCUGGCCGGGGAGGUGUCAUUGCAGAGUACGUAGCUGCUGAGACGGUCAACAUCUGGACCGGUGCAAAUGCCGUCAGGGGAGUGUGGAACAUCUCACAGGCCAUUACCGUCAACAGCACGGACGGAUCCAUUUACUCCAACGUCAUCCUUCACGAUCCCAACGAGGCGGACACAACCCCAGCAGCCUCAUACCAGAUCUUUGAGCCUGUUCGCCGACAGAACGGCAAUGAUGGCGACGAUGGGGAUCAGGACGAUACAUCCUCAAGUGGUAGCGACAUCACCGUUUCAGAAGAGAGCCCCUCAUCGACCGAGACAGGUGCUCCACCCAACGCCACGGCUCCAGCGGCACCUUUCAAUCCCCUCAACCUCGGUGCUGUUGCUGAAAAGAUGCUUCAUGCGACACACAAUAUCUCUACGACUUUCGUCACCUCGCAAGGGUACAUUUUUACAUCUUACCUCCAACACCCUCCACGAACAUCCCUCACAUCAUUGAUCUACACGCACCAAGGCGAUGUCUCUGUCGCUCUACAUCCCAAUUACGUUGGUCCUUUCAUCGCAUCCAACAUUUGGGGUCAAGUGAGAUUAGUAGAUCCUCAACCUAAUACUCAAAACGAUCCCUUGGACCAGGGUCGAUCUCGAUCUUAUAUUCUCGGACCAAUAGACGAAGUCGGGGGAGGAUUGUUCGAACGAAGAGGGUUCAACGCUUCAAGCCUGGACGAUAGUCCUAACUCUAUAUCUGGUGUGGCGACUUGGCUAAAUACUACCACCGAGCAUACGAUACCGUCACCUCAGAUUGUUCAACAGACCACACAGUGUGAUGGCGAGGUCUUGAUCAUGGGCGCUUGGGGUGACAUCACGUUGGGUUUCAAUGGAGAGUCUGCGAUGGGCUGA